AUGUCUGAUGAAAAACAGAUUCCCACUUGGCAAUCACCAUAUGAUCAGCAUAACUUUUCAGUGCACCAUUAUCAGCAGCAGCAAGAGCCAAACUUCCUAGACCAGGCUGGCUACUUCGUCCCAUAUGCUAAUGGCUUCCCGCAACAGACGCAAUAUUCAUCAUACUCUUCAAUUGCCCCCUUUCAAAUAGGUCAUUUUCAGCAGUUCAAUGCAAACCCGCUAGCACAGGCACAGGCCCACUACUCGUACCAAUCCCCUAACUAUCCAAGACAACAAUUUACACCCGACUCGUCCUUCAGCGACAAGCCAAGCAGCGCUGCCGAUCUAAUCUUCGACAUCAAGAAGGAUGAGACAGAAGCUCCGCAUGCACAGCCCCAUCAAUACCAACAGCCCGCCAUCAUGGGGUUCGGGUGGCCGGCUCCGCAGUUCCAGUUGGAAGACCGCUCCAGUUCCUUGUUGAAACGCUCUAAAUCGCUUUCAUUCGAAGACACGCAAACUACUUUCAAAGCGCGGGACCAAAGACGUUCUCUACCCAAAAAUGUGUUGCUGGACUCUGAGGAGUCCGCACUGUCGCAGGUUGAACAGUUGCAAAAAGACUCCUCAUUGUGGGAGCUGCUGAACUCGGUUCCGAAAAAGGGGAGCUCGUACAAGUGCAGCCACUGCACCGAGCAGUUCAACACCGUGGAGAGCUUUAUCCUUCAUUUGGAAAAGUACAAGCUUGUGAGAUCCAACAAGUGUCCUGUGAAAGACUGUCCGUACAGAAUUAUAGGGCUUCCUAGGAAACCUGAGCUUAGACGUCAUUGUUUGUCGCAACACUCAGAGACACUGGAGAAUUUGCUACGACUUAAGUUCCAAGAGGGCAUCGAACCUGACGUCCGGACUCUGUCGAAGCCCAAAAACAACGAGAGUGAGGUCGAUCCGAAGAAAAAGAAGCCGAAUGUGUGUCCGAGAGAAGGAUGCGGUAAGAAGUUCAGAAGGAAAGAUUCUCUACAAAGGCAUGAGCGACUAGUGCAUGAAAACCAAAACAGCAGGUUUAAUCAACGUCUUCGUAUGCAGAAGACGAUUCUAGGAGAUGACCUAGAUGGCUGA